AACCUUGGCCCACCCUAUCCGUCAGGUGUCAAAAGCGUCAGCAACCCACAUAACCUAAAACGUCAAUGGGUUCUUUUGGGGCUUCUUCGAAUUUCCGAAUUAACUCCCCUUUGACAUUAUGAGCAGUGAAGCACUGCAGGGCCUCAAAAAGGCCCCAGAUAUGUGCAGAACCUGCAUGUCGUCACAGCCCCCUUUAACGUCCCUGUUCUCGAUUCUGAGCUUGUCCAGUAAGGACGAGCCCUUAGAUUCGAUUCUAUUCCAAUGCACCUCUAUUCAAGUGAAUCCUGCGGACUCGUUGCCUCAAAGCAUAUGCAACAGUUGCCUGGAAAAUCUGGCGAUUUGCUACGUGUUUCGCGAGAUGUGCUUCGAAAGCCAAACGAAGCUGCAGCAGCUAAAUGAAGCUGAUGAAAUGAGAAGGACUGAAGCUGAAAGCGCUUUCGGCUUGGACAGUCUGGAAAGCCGCGCCGAGCUAAUGGGUGAUAAAACUGACAAUUUGGGACCAAACGACACCAAUUUGGAACAGGAACCCGGUGAUUUUGAGUAUUUAGGCUGUGAUAGUGGCAAUGCGCAACCAGAAAGCAGCUUUAACUGUGGCUUUUGUGCGAAAGUCUGCACAACAAAGUAUGCCCUUAACAGGCACCUGAAGGUGCAUUCUGAUGCUGUUGAGCUGAAGUGCCACAUUUGCUUGAAAAGCUUUAGCAGGGCAACGGAUGUUAAGCGGCAUCUAUCGACACACACCGGGGAAAAACCCUUUAAAUGCCCCAUUUGCCAAGGCUCGUUUACCCAAUCGGGCAGCCUUGCCGCUCAUCUAAGACAAAAGCACGCAGUGUCCCAAGAAAAACGGCCCAAAAAGGCGGAUGGAUUGGCGACAAAGUCGUACCUUUGCUCCGAAUGCGGCAAAAGUUUCCGGCAUAAUUCCACGCUGUGGCUACACGUGAAGCGGCAUUUAGCAGAGCGGCCUUUUGAGUGCCCAACCUGCAACCUUAGGUUUGUGUCCAGCGGUAGGUUGAAGUCGCACCAAAGGGUCCACACAGGCGAGCGGCCUUUUCUCUGCCGAAUCUGCAGCAAACGGUUUGCCCAUGCCAGUGUGCUGGCGCGUCAUGUUAAGGCCCAUUCGGACGAGAAGCCCCAUAAAUGCGCCUACUGCCCCAAGCGGUUCCUUUUGCCUUACUAUCUGAACAUUCAUCUCAGGCAACACACCGGGGAAAAGCCUUUCACUUGUCCGACAUGUUGCAAAGCCUUCGCCUGCCCGAAGACCUUCAGGCAGCACGUGAAAAUCCACUCGGGCGACCGACCGUUUCUUUGCAUGAACUGCGGCAAAUCCUUCCGAAGGGCUCAUCAUCUCAAAACUCACAUGACAACCCACGUGAAAAUUUAGGCCAAGUUAACACGCUUUUCCCCAUUCCAGCAGUUCUGUGUGCUUCCUGUUGCGUCAGCAGCC